AUGCUGAAGAUCCUGCUGGUGCGCCACGCCCAAUGUGUCAUGAACCUGGAAAUCACCGAGAAGAUUGGCGGCCGCACCAACCACUCGCCGCUGACGCCGCUGGGAGAGCAGCAGGCGCGCGCGCUCGGCGCGCACCUGAGCGCGGCCUUGCAGCUCGCCGGCACGCCCCUCCCGCGCCUCCGCUUCUACAGCUCCACGGCUGUGCGGGCACAGGAGACUGCCAAGGCGGUGAUGGCUGCACUAGAGGUGAAAGAGACCGAGCUGGUCCAAUCUGAGCAGCUGUUGGAGCUGGAGCAGGGAGAGUGGGAGGGGCGGGUGCGGCGCGAGUGCUUCACGCCGGAGCUCACUGCGCAGUUUGCUGCCGAUCCAUGGGGCCUGGGCUGGAACUUUGCCCCGCCAGGCGGCGAGAGCCAGCGACAGGUGGAGGAGCGCAUGCUGGCCUACCUGCGGGAGGAGGUGCUGCCACGGCUGUCGCCCGAUGCACCCGCCAUUGUGGUGUCGCAUGGCAUGGCCCAGAAGUGCCUGCUGAGGGGCUUGCUCAACUCGCUGCCAACCAUGUCCCGCAACAUAGCGAUGGGCAACACCUCAGUCACCGAGGUGGGCUUCCUGCCAAGCGCAGACGGCGGCGUCAGCGAUGGCACCUGGCACAUCCUGCGCGUCAACGAUCUGGCGCACCUGCCGCUUGAGCUGCGCAGCUGA